GGGCUUUAAAGGCGGGCGCGGGGCGCGGCCGCCGCAGCCCGGGCGGGAGGGAGGCGACGGCGGAGGGAGGGAGGCUGCGGCGGGGCGGCGGUGGCACCGGGACCGGCACCAUGCGUGAGAUCGUGCACAUCCAGGCCGGGCAGUGCGGCAACCAGAUCGGCGCCAAGUUCUGGGAGGUGAUCAGCGACGAGCACGGCAUCGACCCCACCGGCAGCUACCACGGGGACAGCGACCUGCAGCUGGAGAGGAUCAACGUCUACUACAAUGAAGCUGCGGGUAACAAGUAUGUCCCCCGUGCCAUCCUGGUCGACCUGGAGCCCGGCACGAUGGACUCCGUCCGUUCUGGUCCCUUUGGGCAGAUCUUCCGACCAGACAACUUUGUCUUUGGACAGAGUGGGGCUGGCAACAACUGGGCCAAGGGGCACUACACCGAGGGCGCUGAGCUGGUGGACUCUGUGCUGGACGUGGUGAGGAAGGAGUCGGAGAGCUGCGACUGCCUGCAGGGCUUCCAGCUGACCCACUCGCUGGGCGGCGGCACCGGCUCGGGCAUGGGCACCCUGCUGAUCAGCAAGAUCCGCGAGGAGUACCCCGACCGCAUCAUGAACACCUUCAGCGUCAUGCCCUCCCCCAAGGUGUCGGACACGGUGGUGGAGCCCUACAAUGCCACCCUUUCUGUGCACCAGCUGGUGGAGAACACGGACGAGACCUACUGCAUCGACAACGAGGCCCUGUACGACAUCUGCUUCCGCACCCUGAAGCUGACCACUCCCACGUACGGGGACCUCAACCACCUGGUGUCGGCCACCAUGAGCGGCGUGACCACCUGCCUGCGCUUCCCCGGGCAGCUGAACGCCGACCUGCGCAAGCUGGCGGUCAACAUGGUGCCUUUCCCCCGGCUGCACUUCUUCAUGCCGGGCUUCGCCCCCCUGACCAGCCGCGGCAGCCAGCAGUACCGCGCCCUGACGGUGCCCGAGCUCACCCAGCAGAUGUUCGACUCCAAGAACAUGAUGGCCGCCUGCGACCCCCGCCACGGCCGCUACCUGACGGUGGCGGCCAUCUUCCGCGGCCGCAUGUCCAUGAAGGAGGUGGACGAGCAAAUGCUCAACGUGCAGAACAAGAACAGCAGCUACUUCGUGGAGUGGAUCCCCAACAACGUCAAGACGGCCGUCUGCGACAUCCCGCCGCGCGGCCUCAAGAUGUCCGCCACCUUCAUAGGCAACAGCACGGCCAUCCAGGAGCUCUUCAAGCGGAUCUCGGAGCAGUUCACAGCCAUGUUCCGCCGCAAGGCUUUCUUGCACUGGUACACCGGCGAGGGCAUGGAUGAAAUGGAGUUCACCGAGGCCGAGAGCAACAUGAACGACCUGGUCUCGGAGUACCAGCAAUACCAGGAUGCCACUGCUGACGAGCAGGGUGAAUUUGAAGAGGAGGGAGAAGAGGACGAGGCUUAAGUCCCCCGUUACCAAAAGAACUUCUGUAAAGCUGGCAUGCAUACUGAAUGACUUUCUGAUAGUGGUGGUAAAGCAUGUUCUUUAGAUGCUGUGUACCCGAUUAACCUCUCAGCACUUGUAACUUUUGACAGAUUUCUCAGUGUAACAGUUCUGAAUCCAAUUUAUUACAAUGUUUUUUGUCCUUUAAUGUUAAAAGCACAUAAAGGCAUGUAUUCUA